AUGUCGCAAGAAAAAGCUUCUUACAAUCCCACUCAGGGGUACCAACAAGGCCCUCCUCCAUACGAUGAGCAAUCCUACAGUCAAGACCGUGGUGAAAACGCGUCGUACUAUAGUGAAUCUCCAGCCCCCAAGCAGCAGGGACCCCCUCCUCAGGGCCCUCCGGGAGAUGAGCGGGGCCUUGGAUCCACCCUAGUCGGUGGUGCUGUUGGCGGCUACAUGGGCCACCAAGCCGGCGGCACCAUGUCUACUCUUGGAGGUGCCGCUGUGGGCGCCGCCGGUAUGAACAUGGCUACGCACGCAAUGUAA